AUGGCUCAUAUUGGUUAUUUUUCAUUGGCCCUGCUAUGGUUGUCGAUGCUGCUUUGCAAUUUGGCUGUAGCCUUGCCAACACCGGACGAAGAACAAUAUUUUGAUAAGCAGCUGAAUCGGGAAUUGAUAAAUCGUUGGCUUUCAUCCAUUCAUAAUGCCCAAAUCUUAAAUAAUCCUUGCCGCUAUUAUACCGCUGAUGGUACAUGGACGCCACCAAUGCCCAAAAGAAAUUCGGAACUAAUCAAUUCAUUGUUGAGUUUGCCCAAAAGUAUGAACGAUGCCGGUAAAUAAAUUACUCGAACUAG